AUGAAACUUUUGGUGCUCCCACAAUUGCUUCAUGGCGGUGAAGUACACUCUGUAGACAUUGAUGUGUCUAGCAAAUAUGUGGCUACCGCUGGAAAUGAUUCGGAUAUCUGUAUCUGGGAUUUUGCUCUGCUAUCCAACAUCGAAACAGCGUCUGAAGAGGACGUGCUGAAGAUAGAGCCAGUUCAAGUUGUCAAGGCACACGAGCACGCUGUGAGGGUGGCCAGAUGGUCAAAAACAGAGCCUACUUACUUGGCUUCGGGUGAUGUAUCAGGCAACAUAUAUCUCACGAAUAUGGCUGAUAUGUCUCAUAAACUACUAUAUCCAUGGCCGCUGGUGAAGAAUGAAAACAAUGAAGUCGCUGACAUUGCAUGGUCAGCAGAUUCUAGACUCCUAGCCUGGAGCACAAGCGACGGCAGAGUUCAUAUCUACGAUCUUUCAAAGGAUACAUACCAGCUACUCAAUGAGGCCUCUGGUGGUAAUAACAAAGGUAAGACCACGGCCCAGAAGAGUCUUGCUUUUAACCAUUCCAACAGUAAUCUUGUGACAAUGGGAGUGGAUACGUUCUUACACGUUUAUCAAUAUCGCUACGAUUCCGCAGAUAAUUACCAGUUCAAGCUCACCAACAAAAUUUCAAAACUCAUGAAUAACAACCCAACAACAACGGUGACGAUAAAUUAUGAAAGAAUCUCGUGGUCAAGCGACGAUGAAUUUUUUUCCGUUCCUUCAGCCAGCAAACAGCACACUUCGCUAAUAACACUCCUAUCGAGGUCGCAAGAUUGGGAAAACAAAGUAAGUCUCGUGGGCCACGACGUGGACUGUGACGUUGUAAAGUUUGGGCCUCAUAUUUUUCAAGCAAAGGAGGAAUCAAGUGAUCCUGACGCGAUCAACAUAUAUCAUAUAAUUGCUUCCGCUGGCUCUGACAAAACGUUAGCCCUUUGGAACACAACCAAGGAGACCCCAAUUGCUGUUCUUCGUGAAGUCUCAGAGAAGCCUAUCGUUGAUAUCUGCUGGGAUAACAGUGGUUCACAUCUUGUAUUAGGCUCUCUUGAUGGUCACCUCACAAUUGUCAAGUUCGAGCCUCUUGAGUUGGGGGAAACGAUUUCUGGUGAUACUCUUCAGAAGCUUAAGGAUACGCAAACUGCUUAUCUCAAAUCAUUUGCACCAAAAGAAGCGGAGUCAACCAAGCGUGGUCAAAAGUCGGGUGCUGAUUUGAUAGAUCAGAAAGAUUCAAAGAAAUUAGCUGAUGCCUUUGCUGGGCCUAAAGAGAAAAAGUCUGAAGAUGUCAGCGAUGGAACUGUGAACGCAAAGGAUACUACUCAAGACUCGACAGAUAACACCGAAGUGCACGGUGACAUCCACCCUGAAGUUUUGCUGAGCAAUACUCCGGGCCAGAUAGAUGACAUAAUGAGCACCGCUAUGGGAGAAAGGACGAAGCCAAGCUCAUCAGCUACAAGUAAGAGUAAACCUUCCAGUGGCAAAGUAACACCAAAGCCCGUUCCUGCAACAUCAAUUACGAAUCAAAAGACUUCAACGAAGAAUGGAAAGAAACGAAUCCAACCCAUGCUAAUAUCGAACGGAAAUGGACCGACCUCAAAGUCUAGUACGCUCACAAAGACCUCCAAUGGCGAUGGAGAGGCCAGAGCCUCCUCAUCCAAGUCUCUCAUGGAGUUUGACAGACCCUCCUACAACGUUUCUGAGGAGGCUUUCAAGGACAGUAAGAGAAACCGAGCUCAUGAAGAUGGAGGGCCUACUAAAAAGAUCAGAAGAGAACUUGAACCUGUAAAAUUUGUUGGUACAGCCGUCCUUAACCCAAAUACCGCAUUUGCAAAAAUAAGGCUCUCAAUCCCAAAGGUAAGAAUGUCAUUUCAAUUACCUUGUCGAUCUGAUGAAAAGAUGCUCCUUGAUAUACGAAAUGGUCAAGGCAACGAAAAUGCACCAUCAAGAAUUACGUGCUAUAAAAACGAGCAGCCUGUUUGGACGGAUUUCAUUCCUAGAUUUCUACAGCUAGCUACAGAAGGCUCCAGCUUCUGGGCUGUUUGCACUGCAGAUGGUCAAAUAAUCACCUAUUCACAUUUGUCUGGUAAGAGGUUUCUACCUCCAAUCGUUCUUGGGUCCCCUAUUGUAUUUUUAGAGAGCCAUGGAGACUAUCUUAUGACAGUUACAGCUGUUGGUGAGCUUUAUGUGUGGGACAUGAAAUUGAAGAAAUUGCAUCUUCAUUCACCGCUGUCUCUUGCAUCCAUUCUUGAUCUGCAUAGCAAGUUCCAUGAGGACACACUAAGCAAGUCGGAAAAUAUAACUAUGUGCUCGAUUACGUCAAAAGGUAUCCCUUUGGUGACUCUUUCAAAUGGAUCUGGCUUCUUGUUCAACUCAGAUAUGGGGGUCUGGCAAACUAUCACGGAAGCCUGGUGGGCGUUUGGAUCUCACUAUUGGGAUUCAAUUGGUGAUGAAAAGCAUUCAUCUGAAACACAAACUUCGAACUUGUCAGAAUCAGGAAAGAACUCAUCUAUCUUAAGCCUUCUAGAGCACAAGACGAACGAAGAGAUUAUAAGGAAAAGUCGUGUGGGCAGAGGCAAGUACUUUAAUAAGAUCUCAAAGAACCUUAUCAUGAAAGAAGGAUUCGAGAAUCUUGAAAAUACGAUCUCUUUAUCCCAUUUGGAGAACAGAAUCCUUUGCUGCGAAUUACUUGGUGAAUUCAAAGACUUCCAUGACUUUUUGAUAACUUACUGCAAAAGAAUCUGCGAACUCGGACUCAAAGCCAAGCUCUUCGAAUUUUGUGAAAAGCUUUUAGGAGACCAAUCCGAAUCUGGGCUGGAUGAGGAAUCGCAGAUAUGCGGCUAUGAUAGGAAAGAACUACUUAAAGAAGUCAUCUUCGCAUGUGCGCACAACAGGGACGCUCAAAGAGUUCUCCAGUACUUCAGCAAGCAGUUAGGCUUGAUAGAAGAUGAUUACUGA